GAAUGAAAUAUCAAGAUUAUGGUUGCUCUUUAAAAAAAAAAAUAGUUUUCAAACAAAUCUUAGGAUGCAGAAGCAGCAACCAACAAUUAAAGACACCUUGAACAUCACUUCUGGUUUGAAACACAGACAGAUACUUGAACUCUUCGGGAAAGUUGGCUUUCUCAGACCAGGAAGUGGAGAUCUGGCAGCUGUGAUCCGUGUGCGUCGAUCAUAAGGAUCAAACAGAAAGCAUCCGAAGGGUCACGGUUAUAUUUUAGACGACAUAUGUUCAACCAGAUGACAAACGGAUGGAUGGAGUCUCAGCAUCUAUUCCUCUGGGGACAUGUCGCAUUUCUUCAAUGAUGAUGUCUUUCAAAUGACACGUUGAAGUUCACCCUGUAACAUGUCGUACUGGAAUGUUGGAGAGACAUCUGACCCAGGAGGCAGUACCAGCAGCAAUGGCAUUGUGGAGAUGGGAACCAAGCAAUCGGUGAUUGGCAGCGUUCCCUUGAGUCAGUUGCCCACUUUAAAGAACAUCCAGGAUGCCUAUAAGGAUGGCGAGGAUCAGAGGGCACGGGAGCUAAUCCGCCUGUCCUGUGACAAUAACAGCGGAGGUCAACUAGAUGGGCUAGAGCUCUUAUAUGUGGCCACUCAGAAUGGUGAUGUGGAGAGCGUACGGUUCUUGCUGAAGGAUGCACGAGUUGUGGUUCCCCAGGAGCCCAGUGAUGAACACCCUGCCAUCCUGGCUGCACAUUAUGGACAUCAGACAGUUAUCAGAGAGCUGCUGGACUCCAUCCCACGCCCAUGUGUCCGUAAGGAGCUGCUGAACUGGAUGUUGGCAACGGCAUGCCAGCAGGGUCAUCUAGAGGUUGUGAAGCUGCUGGUACAAAUGUACAAUGCUGACGCUAAGGAUUGUGCUGUACAUUCUGGAGAGUUUGCCAUCAUCACAGGUUUGCCCCUGUAUGCUGCAGCACGUGCAGGAAAUAAGGAGAUUGCGUGUUUUCUGCUGGAGAAUGGAGCUGGUUUCUCCUCUUAUACUCUGAUGGAUCAUGCAGACUUCAGCAGACAGCUGCUCAGACAGCACCUCCUGGAGGACAAAGACACACCUGCCGACGGGAGACUGGAGCAAGCUCUGUGUGUUGAUUGGUCAGGUCUGAAGCUGCCCUGGUUGGAUCUGGGAUGGUUUAUGGAUGUCUCCUCGCAGAUUACAGUGCUGGAUCUGUCUCAGAACUGUCUGACCUCACUGCCCUCUGUCAUGCCCUGGGGUCUAAUAAACCUGCACUCGCUCAACCUCUCCCACAAUCAGCUCAAAGAGUUGCCCACCCCCACGUCAUCACAGGAGAUCAUUUGCAGCAGAUUACGCAAUGUGAAUUUGUGUGAGAAUGAGUUGGAGUGUCUGCCAGCUGGUUUGCUUCACCUUGGUCAGAUGCAACGGCUUUCAGCAGCCAGGAACAAACUCAGCAACCUCUUCAACAUCCCCAGUGGCACAAACUGGAUCGGUCUUCGUAGGCUGCAGGAGCUGGAUGUGUCAGACAACUGCCUGACAGAUCUGCCUUCCUCUGUACUGCACUGCCUGAAGUCUCUCAACAGUCUCAAUGUCAGCAGGAACAAACUUGCACGCUUCCCGGACCCCUGGGCGUGUCCUCUGAAAACCUGCAAAGCUUCAAACAACCAGAUAGAGCAUCUUCCUGGCACUAUAUCUAUCUUCUGGAAGACUCAUCUUCUGGAAGUGGACUUGUCUGAGAACAUCCUGAAGGAGCUGCCCGAAUACAUAUUUGAACUGGAGGCUAUUGUCUCUCUGAAGUUGUGUGGGAAUCAAAUCUCGUCUCUGCCCACUCCCAAUAAAUGGAAAUGCUCUCGCCUCAGAACACUAGACCUGUCCAGAAACCAACUCGGGAAGACAGGGGAAUCAACCAAAACCAGGAAACUGGGCUUCUUCACAACAUGGUACAGACGGGACCCAGAGCCAGUGUAUCCCAUUCAGUUUCCCAUAAUCUUGCGGGAUUCUCUGGAAGUUCUCUUCCUCAAUGAAAACCAACUGGAGUAUGUGCCGCCGUCAGUAUGCUUUCUCAAGAACCUCUCUGAACUCUAUCUUUCCAAUAAUCCAGGUAUCCAGGAACUUCCCACAGAGCUUGGGCAGCUCUCCAACCUUUGGCAGCUGGACAUCGAAGACCUGAACAUCACCAAUGUUCCUGCAGAUGUCAGGAAAGAUGGUCCUACUGCAGUGUUGGCAUUUCUGCGCGCGGAGCUGCGUGGAGCAGAGCCCUGCAGACUGCUUAAGCUGAUGGUGGUGGGUCCUCCACGGCAGGGUAAGAGCACUCUGCUGGAGGGACUUCAGACAGGCAAACCCUCACCCUUCAUCAACACAGACUGCAGUGUUCACACCUCCAGCUGGGACCUAGAGAGACCCAGUGGAGUCAAAUCUGAUAUAGAUUCAGUGUCCUUCAACGUUUGGGACAUUGGUGGCCCAGCUUGCAUGUCGACGGUAAAUCAGUGUUUUUUCACGGACAAGGCUCUGUAUAUGGUUAUCUGGAACCUGGCUCUGGGGGAAGAGGCCGUGGCCAACCUGCAGUCUUGGCUGCUCAAUAUAGAGGCUCGCGCCCCUAACUCUGCUGUCAUAGUAGUUGGCACGCAUUUGGACCUCAUAGACACAAAAUUUCGAACUGAGCGUAUCGCCACAUUGAGAGCAUACAUCCUGGCACUUUGCAGAACCCCCUCAGGCCCACGAGCUAGCGGCUACCCCGACAUUACGUGGAAACACCUACAUGAGGUGUCAUGUAAGACUGUGGAAGGCAUGGACGGUCUCAAGAGGUUGUUGUUCCAGGUUGCUUGCUCCAUGAAGGACAUCAGUAAUCCAGCUACCUGUCACAAAUUUGUGGGAAGACUGAUUCCCAAAAGUUAUCUGAUCCUGCAGGAGGCCAUAAUAGCUGAACAUCUGAGGAGAGAUGCAGCUGAUGAGGUUCAGUACCUGACUGACUCACAACUGGAGCAGAUCAUUGAGCAGAGUCCUGCUAGUGAUAUAAAAUAUUAUGAGGACCUGCAGACAGCAUUAAAUUUCCUCAUUGAGACCGGCACCAUACUGCAUUUCCCUGACACGAGCCAUGGCCUGUGUAAACUCUACUUCUUGGAUGCUGUGUGGCUAUCUGAGUGUUUGGAACGCAUCAUCAACCUGAGGGGCUCGCGCUCCGUAGCCCGCAAUGGCGUCAUCAAGGCUGAGGACCUCCGCAUGCUGCUGGUUGGAACCGGAUUUACCCAGCAAACGGAAGAACAGUACUUCCAGUUCCUUGCCAAGUUUGAGAUUGCUCUGCCUGUGGCCAGCAACAGUUAUCUGUUGCCACACCUUUUGCCCCCCAAACCUGCCAUGGACAUCCAUGGUUUUCGCCAGGAGAGCAAAAACACCAUCCAGAGGCAUUUCAAGAUGAGCUUUGUGCCUGCAGGAUUCUGGGAGCGUUUCAUAGCCAGGAUGCUUAUCAGUUUAAACCAGAUGGAUUUGCAGGCAUUUGAGACCAAAAAGAACACAAAGAACCAGAGGAACCACAAUACAGUGAUCUAUAGCUUUGCAGGGAACCAGCAACGGAAUCGAUGCAGCACGUUCCGUGUACGUCGCAGCCAGACGAUCUACUGGAAGGAAGGUCUAUUGGUCACUUUUGAUGGCGGAUAUCUGAGCAUAGAGUCGUCUGACCUGAACUGGAAGAAGAAGAAAAGUGGGGGCAUCAAGAUUAUCUGCCAGUCCGAGACUAGGGAUUUCUCUGCAAUGGCUUUCAUCACUGAUCACGUUAAUGCUCUCAUAGAGCAGUGGUUUCCUGCACUGACAGCCAGCGAGAGUGACGGCUCUCUACUCAUCGAGCAGUAUGCUCCCUGCCCGUACUGUAGCUCUGUGCCCAGAAUCUCAGACCCUUUGCCUCACCCUGGCUUGAAUCACAGCACCAUACACUACUUCAACAUGGAGGACUGUGUGCUAGCAGCUGUAGACAAGGAGCACAUCAGCUGUCCCAACCACCCCAAACAGCCUGUGCCCCUACAGGAACUGGUGCCUGAGCUCUUCAUGACUGACUUCCCUUCACGGUUGUUCCUGCUGAAGAGUGAUCUGGAAUUGAAUGAACAAAAAGCAGAUAUUCUGGGCCAGGGAGGUAGUGGCACCAUCAUCUACAGAGCCAAAUACAGAGGCUGUCCGGUGGCGAUUAAACGCUUCCACUUCAAGAAAUGCAGACAGCAGUCUCUCAACAGUAGCACAGACACCAUGGUGAAGCACCUACAGUCCAUGGAUGCUGCCAGAAGUUUCUCAGAGUUCCGACAGGAGUCCAGCAUGCUUCACUCUCUGCAGCACCCGUGUAUUGUGGCCCUGGUUGGCAUCAGCAUACACCCGCUGUGCUUUGCCCUGCAGCUCGCACCACUGGGCAGCCUCAACACAAUCCUGGAAGAGCGAGCUAAAGGUUCUCAGUAUGUGCCGCUGGGCCAUAUGCUUACCUUCAAAGUGGCCUAUCAGAUUGCAGCAGGUCUAGCCUACCUGCACAGGAAGAACAUCAUCUUCUGUGACCUGAAGUCUGACAACAUCCUGGUGUGGUCUAUAGAGGUGGAGGACCCAAUUAACAUCAAACUCUCUGACUAUGGCAUCUCCCGGCAGUCCUUUCAUGAGGGAGCUUUAGGGGUAGAGGGCACGCCUGGGUACCAGGCCCCCGAGAUUCGACCAGGCAUCGUCUAUGAUGAGAAGGUGGAUAUGUUCUCAUUUGGCAUGGUUCUGUAUGAGCUGUUGUCUGGCCGCAGACCAUGUAUGGGUCAGCACCAGCUGCAGAUCGCAAAGAAACUGUCUAAAGGACUGCGGCCUGCGCUGGGCAGCCCAGAGGAAGUUCAGUUCCACUGUCUGCAAGCUCUCAUGCAGGAGUGCUGGGACACCAAACCAGAGAAACGUCCUCUGGCUGCUCCUCUCAUGAGACAGAUGCAGGAGCCCAGUUUUGCUUGUCUCAGAUACCUGCUGGCCUGCCAGGAACACAGUCAACUCUUUCUUUCCCCAAUGCAAGGCCACAGCGCUGUGUUCUGGGAUGGAGACAGAGACGACAGGAACUACACUGUAGUAAACUUGGCAAAAGGCAAGGUGGAGGUAAAACAGAUGCCGUGCCCAGGAACACGGCUCAGCUGCCAAAUGAAGAUGGAGAACACCCUGUGGACAGCCACUGAGGAACAAGAAGUCUUUAUCUACAGUCUGAAAGAGAUGUGUCCCCUGAGUCACCCUCAGAAACUGCUCUCCUGUCCUGCCGUGGUCACCUGUCUCUUCUUACUGCCUGCCAGGAAAGAGUCUCUUCCGCAGGUGUUUGCAGGCAUGUCUGAUGGUUUGGUGGCAAUUUAUUCCCUGGUAGACGACAUGCCUGUGGAGGGUGAAACCUACAUCUGCUCACAUACUCUCAACAAACAUCUGCUAAACAUGGAUGACUCGGACCCUCGUCAGCGACCGUACCCUGUGCGAAGCAUCGUGACCGUGUGCACCGGAUCUGAGGUGUGGUACACCAACGGCCCUGGCGUGCUCGUCAUCGAUAGCCUCACCCUUCAACCAGUCCGCCGCCUCGACCCCUAUCUCCCGCCUUCCUGCGUGGUUUCCCUGGCAUCCUCCGUCAGCUGCUGGGGCGACGAAGCAGUCUGGUGCCUUGACGACUACACCAACACGCUCCAAAUGUAUCACGCCGCAAGCUAUCAGCUUUGCGCCACCUACGACUGCAGUGACGCAAACCCACUCAGAGACGUUUUCCCUGUGCAAAGGUCAGUGGGGGUCAUGACCUCUGUGACCACAGAUAUAGAAGAGCCUCUCACACCCAGCCAAGAGGUUGUACAAAUAACAGUUACACACAGCAACGAUGCAGGAACACAAAUCCUUUGCCAGCAGGACUCGCUUGAUUACUGCUCCAUGACUUCCUCAGGGUUCAGCUCAGAACAGCUGGAUCAGAUCAGGGAUUUGGAUCGGGGUGGAUCAGCAGGUCUUCCUCACAUUGAGCGCUCUAACUCUGGACCGCUCAGCUCCCUGGCUAGCUCCAGCAGUAGGGGAGAUUGGGAUUACGAGGUGACAGACAGGCUGGUAGAUGAGCAAGCCUCAGCCAAUUCAUCGCCGUCCAGAAGCGCAACAGAUCCUGAUGUAGCUGCGCAAAGCUACACACUACCGCAGCUAAUGGCUUUAAAUAUAAUACCUGUCAACAGCACCAUCUGGGUGCCAAGGCGUGGAGGAGACAUCAUGGUUAUCGAGGUUCAGGAGCAGGCGGGGUCACUCAGGGGUCGUGUGAUAGCUGUGUUGACAGUCCCUGGAGUGCUGCAGUACGGGGCACUGGUGGAGGCAGCACUCGUUGCAAAGGACACUGUUGUGUGUGGCUUUCAUAAAGAAAACAUGGCCUGGUGCCUUGCUGUCUGGCGGAGCUGGGGAGGCCGCGAACUAGAGCUGUUCUACCAGGGCUAUGAGGACCUCGGCCGCUUAGAGAGUAGUUUGAGGAAAAGGCGGUAGCUGUGUAAACGUGCGAUGCGAGUGUGACAGAGAAUCAGUGUACUGUGCAGACAGUAAUGACACACACAGACACACCAGUACAGGUGUGGAGUGGGGUUGGGAGACCAGCUAGGGGGAAUACUCGCACGCACUCAAACACACACACACACACACACACACACACACACACACACACACACACACACACA